AUGGAGGGCGAAGCGGCACCCAAGACUGUGCCUCUUGUUUUAGAUCAGACCGCCGAGCUACUGCAGGGCACUUUCACAACGUUCCGCGAUGUGAGCAACAAGAGGAGCUACUUGGAGCAAAUUGGGCACAUGUGCCGUAAUGAUCAGAAAACGCUCUACUUGGACUUCAAGGAUGUGCUUAAUUUUGAGGCCUCGGGCAAAGCAGAGAUUCAGGGGUUGAGCGUGCUCAUGGAACAAGAGUACUUCCGCAUGGAGCCGUACCUCCGCAAAGCCGUGCAGAACGUGGCCAAGCAACUCUAUCCCGAGUUUAUGAGACCUGACGACGACAAGGAUCAGAAGGAGAGGGAGUUCUGGAUCGCCGUCUACAAUGUGCCCAUGGUCCACAGGCACGGUCUCCUUCUGCGAACAGACAAGAUCGGUUCGCUCAUCGCCGUCAGCGGGACGGUCACACGCACAUCCGAGGUCCGGCCCGAGCUCCUCUACGGCGCGUUCGCCUGCCAGGACUGCCGCGUCGUGGCCAAGGGCAUCCCGCAGCACUUCAAAUACACAGAGCCGAUUGCGUGCAAGAGCAGCCAGUGCAUGAACAAGUUCAGGUGGCAGCUCAACGUCGAGCAGUCGGAGUUCGCCGAUUGGCAGCGCGUGAGGGUGCAGGAGAACCCGUCGGAGAUCCCGUCGGGCUCGAUGCCCCGCAGCAUGGACAUCAUCCUCCGUAACGACGCCGUGGAAAAGGCCAAGCCCGGCGACAAGGCCAUCUUCACCGGUACCUUGAUCGUCGUCCCCGACGUGUCGCAGCUUGGACUGCCCGGUGUGCGCGUUCAGGCCAUAUCGUCGGCGAAGGAGGGAGGGAAGGACAGCGGCGAGGGAUUCUCCGGUACGGCGGACGGCGAGGGCUUCACGGGGCUCAAGUCGCUCGGCGUCCGCGAUCUGUCCUACAAGCUGUGCUUCCUCGCCUGCGCCGUGCACCCGCUCGAUAACAACAAGCUGAUCAACUUCAAGGGCGAGGAGGAAGAUGAUGACGACGAGCAGGUGCUGAGCCAGUUCACCGACGAAGAGUUGGAGGACAUCGAGAAGAUGAAGCAGGACCCCAUUCUCUACGACAACCUUGUGCGGAGCAUUGCCCCGAGCGUGUUUGGUCACGAUGAAGUCAAGCGCGGUAUUUUGCUGAUGCUCUUCGGCGGAGUGCACAAGUCGACGAUCGAGGGCAUCAAGCUGCGCGGCGACAUCAACGUUUGCGUCGUCGGCGAUCCCUCCACGUCCAAGAGCCAAUUCCUCAAAUACGUGGCCUCGUUGAUGCCCCGAGGAAUCUACACGUCCGGUAAGGCCUCCUCUGCGGCCGGUCUGACGGCGUGCGUGGCCAAGGACCCGGACACGGGCGAAUUCGCCAUCGAGGCCGGUGCCCUGAUGCUUGCCGACAACGGCAUCUGUUGUAUUGACGAGUUCGACAAGAUGGACGUGAGAGAUCAGGUCGCCAUUCACGAGGCCAUGGAGCAACAGACCAUCUCUCUCGCCAAGGCCGGCAUUCAGGCGACACUCAACGCGCGCACGUCGAUCCUGGCCGCCGCCAACCCGAUCGGCGGUCGCUACGACAAGUCCAAGACCUUGCGGGCCAAUCUCACCCUGUCGGCGCCCAUCAUGUCCCGAUUCGAUCUCUUCUUCAUCGUUCUGGACGAGUGCGACGAGGAGACCGACAUGAGCAUCGCCAGGCACAUCAUAUCAGUGCAUCAGAAGAGGGAGCAGGCCCUGAAGCCGGUCUACUCGAUCGAGCAACUCCAACGCUACAUCCGAUACUCCCGCAUCUUCAAGCCACGGAUAAGUUCGGAAUCGAUGGAGCUGCUGGUGCACCACUACCGGAAGCUGCGCGAGAACGACGUGGGCGCCGGCGGCAAGUCGUCCUACCGCAUGACCGUCCGUCAGCUCGAGUCCAUGAUCCGUCUCUCCGAGGCCCGCGCGCGCAUUCACUGCGACGAAGAGGUGAGACCGGCGUACGUCGAGGAGGCGGCGCGGUUGCUGAAGAAGUCCCUCAUCCACGUUGAGACCGAGAAGAUCGCUCUCAGCGACGUGCCCGCCAAGAAGCCGGGCGACGGUUCGGUGAUGGACGUGGAGUCAUCGACCGCCGCUGCGCCGACGGGAGGCCCCGCGAAGCCGGCUGCAGCGAAGAAGGGCGGCAAGGCCGCGGCGGUGCAGGAGACGAAGAAGAAAACGAAGACGACGAAGACGACAGACGAUGAAGAGAGCGCGGAAGAACCGCUGACGGUGAGCUACGAGGACUACAGGAAGAUCUCCAACACGCUCGUCGCCCACCUCAAGGACUACGAAGCCUCCGAGGAGGAAGAGUCGGGCGGACUGACGCGAGAGGACCUGGUGAGUUGGUACGUGGAGCAGAAGGCCGACGGGCUCAACUCGGAGGAGGAGCUCAAGCGGACGGCCCGCACGGCGCGGCUCAUCGUCGACCGGCUCGUCACCCGCGACGGCGCCCUCCUCGAGGACAAGAGCGGCGUGCUGGCCGUCCACCCGUCCUUCCUCGACGACUGA